CCGUUUCCUCCCUGCCAUCAUUUUUGUUAUCUCUGGUACUUUCUCACGACCCUAAUCUCCUGCUUUGGGAUUGGAUUUGAUUUCAUCUUGCUCAGCAUGGCAACCACCAACGACUUUCCCGCCGGCGAUGUCAACAGUUAUGACUACAUCAUCGUGGGAGGUGGUACAGCAGGCUGUGUCAUUGCUAGUCGUUUGGCCGAGUACUUGCCUAACAAGCGCAUCCUGGUGAUUGAGGGCGGUCCCAGUGAUUUCAUGGAUGACCGCGUGCUCAACCUGCGUGAGUGGUUGAAUCUGUUGGGAGGCGAGUUGGACUAUGACUACGGUACAACUGAACAACCAAUGGGCAACAGUCAUAUCCGUCAUUCUCGUGCUAAGGUGCUGGGUGGUUGCUCCAGCCACAAUACCUUGAUCUCUUUUCGUCCUUUCGAAUACGAUUGCAAGAGAUGGGAGCAGGCCGGCUGCACAGGCUGGUCCUUCGAGACCUUCACCCGCGUCCUUGACAAUUUGCGCAACACCGUUCAGCCUGUUCACAGCCGUCACCGUAAUCAACUGUGCAAGGACUGGGUCCAGGCUUGCUCCAGCGCAAUGAACAUCCCCAUCAUCUCUGAUUUCAACAAGGAAAUCCGCUCCAAGGGUGAAUUGACUGAGGGCGUUGGCUUCUUCUCCGUCUCUUACAACCCCGACGAUGGCCGCCGUAGCAGCGCCAGUGUCGCUUAUAUCCACCCCAUUCUCCGUGGUGAAGAGAAGCGUCCGAAUCUGACCAUCUUGACCAACGCCUGGGUGUCACGCGUCAACGUCGAGAGUGACACUGUCACUGGUGUUGAUGUCACGCUGCAGUCUGGCGCUAAGCACACCCUACGGGCUAAGAAGGAGACGAUUCUCUGCGCAGGAGCUGUUGAUACUGCUCGCUUGAUGUUGCUCUCUGGUCUGGGUCCGCGUGAGCAGCUGAGCUCUCUUGGCAUCCAGGUUGUUAAGGACAUCCCUGGUGUCGGCGAGAAUCUCCUGGAUCACCCCGAGAGUAUAAUCAUCUGGGAGCUCAACCGUCCUGUGCCUCCCAACCAGACUACCAUGGACUCUGAUGCCGGGAUCUUCCUACGUCGCGAGCUUCCCAAUGCACAUGGUUUUGAUGGUCGCGCCGCCGAUAUCAUGAUGCACUGCUACCAGAUCCCCUUCUGCUUGAACACCACUCGUUUGGGUUAUGACACACCGGUAGAUGCGUUCUGCAUGACCCCUAACAUCCCUCGCCCCCGCUCCCGUGGUCGUCUCUUUUUGACCUCGGCUGAUCCCAGCGUCAAGCCCGCCCUGGACUUCCGGUACUUCACCGACCCGGAGGGCUACGAUGCUGCCACCAUUGUCGCUGGCUUCAAGGCGGCCCGCGAGAUCGCUCAGCAGUCGCCCUUCAAGGAGUGGAUCAAACGCGAAGUGGCUCCUGGUCCCAAGGUCCAGACGGACGAAGAACUCUCAGAGUACGGCCGUCGCGUAGCGCAUACUGUGUACCACCCGGCUGGAACCACCAAAAUGGGUAACUUGGCCCGUGACCCUAUGGCCGUCGUUGACCCUCAGUUGAAGGUGCGGGGCCUCAAGAAUGUACGUAUCGCGGACGCGGGUGUCUUCCCAGAGAUGCCUACCAUCAACCCCAUGUUGACCGUGCUGGCCAUCGGUGAGCGUGCGGCUGAACUGAUCGCGGAAGAGGCCGGCUGGAAACGCGAGCAGCCUCGUCUGUGAACGCCUCCUCCUAUAGGGGACUCCCCACUCGCCUUUAUCCUAUUCGUGCUACGAAAUGGCACAAACAUAAAUGAAGGAUAUCGGCGUUGGAGAGAGUGUAUCAUGCGUGGUCCCAGCGCGUGAACUUCUUUUGCCUCUGGUCUUGAGACUAGCGAUAGGCCGGCUAUAUACGUUGGGCAUUGCCAGUUGCUUGAUCUAUGAUUUACGAAUGAUGAAUCACGGAGAGGAUGCGUGCAAGGAACUGGGAAGGGUUUUCUUGAAUUCUAGGAUCAAAGGACUGCGCCGCCACUUAUUGUACCAACACCUGUCUGUAUAUUAGCAUUGGCGAGUUAUCGCGCCGAAUUUAGAACCAAAGACAUAGAUUUCAACGAGUGAUAAAUAUGUUGUUGAUAUCGACGAUG